AGAGGAGGACGGGACACUGGUCUCAGCACUGAAAGGAAAACCUAAAGGCAGACGGAGCGAUGGAGGACAGAGAGGAGACACUUAGACUUGUAGAUGGCGGUGUGUUGAAGAAGCCAGGCAGGAAGAGGAAGAGAAAGAACGAGGACGAAGAUGUGACACUGAAGCGGUCAGGCACGCGGCGACGUUACCACGAUGAUGGCAUCUCUGAUGAUGAAAUCGAUGGGAAAAGGACCUUUGGCCUGGAGGAGAAAGUGUACAGUGAACGGUUUGGUUCGGACAGAAUCAAACGUAUGGAAGGAAAAGAUUUCACAUUUGAAUUCAUCCAGAAAGGCGGGCUGAGGGAUCCAAUUAUCUUUGAACGACCUGAUGGACUUGGAAUCAACAUGCCAGAUUCAGAUUUCAGUGUGAACGAUGUGAAGAUGUUUGUGGGCAGUCGGCGAAUGAUUGACGUGAUGGAUGUAGCUACUCAGAAGGGCACAGAGAUGUCUAUGGCUCAGUGGAGGCGAUACUACGAGACCCCGCCAUCCCAGAGAGAGAAGCUGUACAACGUCAUCAGUUUGGAGUUUAGCCACACCAAACUGGAAAAUUUAGUCAGUCGACCUACAACAGUGGACAUGAUAGAUUGGGUUGACAAUAUGUGGCCACGGCACUUAAAGGAAAGGCAAAGAGACUCCACCAACUCAAUCAUUGAUAUGCAGUACCCUAAAGUUCAAAAAUACUGUCUGAUGAGCGUGCAGGGCUGUUAUACAGACUUCCACAUAGACUUUGGGGGCACGUCUGUGUGGUACCACAUAUUGCGAGGAUGCAAGAUAUUUUGGCUAAUUCCCCCGACACCGCAGAACCUGGACAUGUAUGAGAACUGGGUUUUAUCUGGCAAACAAAGUGACAUUUUCCUUGGAGACAAGGCCACAGAGUGCCAGCGGAUUGAACUCAAGCAAGGCUACACAUUUAUUAUCCCUUCAGGCUGGAUUCAUGCAGUGUACACACCUGUGGACACACUUGUGUUUGGUGGAAAUUUCCUACACAGUUUUAACAUCCCAAUGCAGCUUAAUAUCUGCAACAUUGAGGACAGAACAAGGGUGCCAGCUAAAUUUCGCUACCCAUUUUAUUAUGAGAUGUGUUGGUAUGUGCUGGAACGGUAUGUGUACAGUCUGACCAACACCUCCUACCUCAUCCCUGAGUUUCAGAAACACUCUCUAGGCAUCGGUCUCAAGCGAGAAUCCUCCAGUUCUGAAGUCCUGAAUGGUCAUAUAAAGGAAGACGAUGAUCCUCCCUCACCUCCAACUCGGCCAGGGAUGAAAGUUCACAUGACUCCUUUUGAGCUGGAGGGUUUAUGGAAUUUGCUAGGAAAACUCGAAUCUCUUCCCUCACAAAAAAAGUGUGUUCCUGCAGGAAUACACAACGCACCUGCCUUGCUCCAUGACAUGCGGGCAUUACUUAAAGAACAUGCAAAUGAUAACCCUAAACUUUCAUACACUGGAAAGCCCAUUGUUAAAUGGCCAAAAAGGCCAUCCUGGUACCAGCCUCCCCAGCCCCCUGUCCCAGUAGGUCGUCCCAAAUUAGCCACCACGCCUAUCGUUCCUCGUCCAACAAAACCAGCUUCCUCAAUGUCUGCGUUAAGGAGGCGGCGCGUGCGCUGUAAGCGAUGUGAGGCAUGUCUGCGGCCAGAAUGUGGCGAGUGCAAUUUCUGCAGAGAUAUGAAGAAGUUUGGUGGCCCUGGCAAACUGAAACAGACAUGUGUCCUUCGCCAAUGCCUUGCUCCUGGUUUGCCUCUGUCUGCGGUGUGUGAAAUUUGUGAAGAAGGGAGCCAGGAUACUGGAGAAGAACUUAUGGAAUGUUCCAAUUGUGCGCAGAUCGCCCACCCUAGCUGCUUAAAGGUUUCAGGUGAGGGUGUAGUAAACAAAGAUCUGCCUAGUUGCUGGGAAUGUCCAAAAUGUGUCAUAGGCAAAGACACAGACUCUGAGUCAUCGGGCAGCGGUGAUGACCUUACAACUCAGGAGGGGUCGGGGGGUUUGAGGGGCGAGGGCGGGGUGUGGCCUGGGGUCGGGCGGCCCCCUUCCGCUCUGUCACAUGGGUCGCUACGGAAACAAGUGGCGGCCCCAGAGCAGCGGCUCAGGAAGAGGAUCAAAUUGGAACCAGGCAAAAUGCAUAAACGCAAGUCAUCCUCGAUGGAUCCUCGCGUGGCUAAAAUCUACCGCAGACCGGAUUCGGGCAGUGAGGACGAUGAAGGAGAAGGAAGAAGAAAGCUAUCAAUCCAAUCGAAGGGUGCAGUAUCUGCACAUCGUGGAUUUGCGUCCAGUAGGCGGGGUCUGUUAAGAAGCUCAUCACAACGAGGGGGCAGAGGGAGUGGUGGCAUGACCACAAAUUCUUCUUCCUUGAAAAUGAGGCGUGGACUUGGUGUAAGGGGUGAGCGCGGAAGUCGUGUUCGUUUACGCGGUGGGUCCAAAAUGCAGAGAAGACGUUAUGAAACGGACGACGAUGAUGACGACGACGACGAUGAUGAUGACGACGACGAAGAGGAUGAUGAUGACGAGGAGGAUGAAGAGGAUGAAAGUGAAGAUGAAAGGCAAAUAGGCAGGUCUGGAAAAGAUCACCGUUCACGGCAUCGGCGGCGCAGAGGUGACGAGGAUGACGAAGACGACGAUGAGGAUGAUGAAAGUGAAGAACAAGACUUUGAUGAAGAGGAUGAAGAGAUGGAAGACCUAGAUGAUGGAGGUCAGGAAGAUGACGAUGAUGACGGCGAGAACCGUUCAGACUCGGACCCUGACCCCCCUGUUCUGCUUGUCUCAGAUUUAAACGAUGAACUGUUAAAUGGUUCUUAUCUGACCGUCACGUUACAGCGUCCAUCAAAAGCCAAACGUGAUCCUGGUUCUAUUGUACCUAAGCUGGAGGCAGCGAUGUCUCCUCGCAAUCCUGGUAAUGCCGAUUUACUCCAGCGCAAAUCCUUUCAAAAGUAUCGGCAGAAAAAUGGCAGCUCUCUCUCCACUGGAAAUGGUUUUUCACAGCCCAAAGCCAGUUUAUCAUCAGUCCGUCAUACACGCCACAGGAAUUUGAACUUUGAUGGUAGAGCCUCACCUUCUUCCACCUACUCUCGCUCAUGCAUUUCUCCUCCUCCUCCCCACCUGACAUCUACCACCGGCUUCUCUCCUCCUUCCCUUCUUACUCAUCCCUCGUUCCGGGAUGUGGGCAACGAGCCAGGGUGUGAGAAGGAGGUGUGGGUGUCAGUCUUUCGCUACCUGAGCCGAACAGAACUGGCUGUCUGCAUGCGGGUUUGCAAAGCCUGGUACAAAUGGUGUUACGAUAAACGAUUGUGGAGUCGGAUAGAUGUCAGUAGGUGUCGCUCCCUCAGUGCUCAGGCUCUGUCAGCUAUUAUUAAACGCCAGCCUGUGACACUUGACCUGUCCUGGACACCUGUGACUAAGAAACAGAUCACCUGGCUUAUCCAUAAUCUUCCAGGUUUGAAAGAUCUGAUCUUGGCAGGCUGUUCUUCAUCAUGUUUUUUGGGGUUGAGCUCUCAGAACUUACCUUGUCUUCGCACGCUGGACCUCUGUUGGGCCGAGAGCAUUAAAGACUCUCAGCUUAAAGACCUAAUCACUCUAUCAGGUAGUGAAAAUCGCAGCAGGCUAAAAGGCUUGUUUCUGGGGUUAUCUGGUCUGAAUGUGAGUGACUCCAUACUGAAGCUUAUAAUCAAACACCUGCCGUUGCUGAGGAGGUUAGACUUGUCACAUUGCCCUGUCCUUACCGACCAGUCCAUCAGCUUGCUUACAGCCAGUGGCUCUAACACACGCAACACCCUGAGAGAGCUCAACCUCGCAGGUUGUCAAAAGCUGACAGAUGUCUGCCUGAAUUAUAUGAAGCGACUCUCCGCUCUUACUUUAUUGGACCUGCGGGGCUGUAGGAGUAUCACGAGACAUGGCUGUGAAAACUUCAUUUCGGACCUUUCCUACUGCACCUUCUUCUGUCUGACUGAGGAUAAACUCAUCCAGAGGAUAUCUUAACACAGACACACAUGCACGGCACACAUGCUCUUACACUCGUGUGCUCUACGGGCUCCAUCAUAACGCUCCGAGAAGAUUCCGAGCUCCCUCACAGAGUCUGGUUGGGCAAGUGGAUAGAGGCUGCGGCCCUAGGGAGAACGCACAGAAUCUGAGGAGAGACAUGUUCUUUUGUGCCAGGCAUUCAGGCUCAUUCAAAGCAACUUGAAAAGAUACCAAGGCUCAUGUGGUUGAAUUGGAAAUCAAAAUAUAUUGAUUCAAACUACGUAGGUGACUGAGAGGAGCACAAUCUUGGAAGUAAAGUGAGGAGAGAUUCUAAAGAACAUUCGUUACAUAUGGCGAUUUCAGAUAUGGUUCUAGUUAUGAUACUGUAAACCUUCUGUACCGUGACAUGGUACAUGACAUUUUGCCAACAAACAGAAGGCAAUGACAUGCACUAAAACUUGAGUGCUAUUAAAUGUAACUCUGACUUUGACCUGACACACAGUCACAAUUACAUAAAAACGCACAUGCAUUGUUUGUUUAUCCAUUUCUGUCUUCAGAGAUGUCAAACUUUGAUGUCUUGGAUAACCUUUUCUGUCUAUACAGCUUUACCAACAUAUCUGCUUGACCUAGAAAAUCCAGCUUGACUCUGGCCUCUUUCCCUCCUGCUUUUUUCCCUUAGUUUCUUCUUUGUGUGUUCUUUAUCUUCAUGUAUCUACCACUUUACCUGUGUUUGUCAGUUUUCUUUCACCAUAAUCUGCUGGGUUCUUUAUAGUGCACAUGUAUUUUUUUUCUUCUAAAGCAGUGUCUUAAGUGCAGUCUGUAGCAAAACAUUUUUCUCAUUUUUUUUUUUUUUAAGAAAAUGUUAAAAUAAAAAGUCACAUCUCUGAGAUAUGUGGCACAAUGUAA